GUCUGAGAGUGACGGAGGUGGAGGUGCCAAGAGUGGUGCUGGUGGGAGAGAGUGCAAAGCUAAGGUGUCACUUCGCCUUGAGGGGCGAGGCACUCUACUCACUCAAGUGGUGGAAGAACAGUCGCCAGUUCUACCAGUUCAUUCCCAAGAACACCCCAAGAAUGGCAGUGUUCUCCGCCCCGGGAGUCAAUGUUAAUGUGGGUAGUUCCACACUCCACCAGGUGGAGCUGGUGGACUUGGAGACGUCCUCGAGUGGCAUCUACAAGUGUGAAGUAGUAGGUGAGGCGCCAACUUUUACCACCCACAUCAGGGCUGCCAACAUGACCGUCAUAGACACCCCGGACGGGCCGCCAGUGGUGCGUGGACUGAACCCAUCAGGAUACAGAGAAGGAGACAUUAUCCAUCUCAACUGCACCUCGUAUCGCUCCUGGCCUCCGCCUACUCUAUCCUGGGUGCUCCUUAUCCCCCACGCCCACAGCAACGCCCGCAGCCCCGCCCACAGCCCUGAGAGCCACGCCUACCAACUCUCCCACAUCAUCGGCUCCCAUGAUUACCAACACCCCUCCCAUAGCGCGGACUAUCAGAACGCCCACAGUGGAGGAAACCACGCCCACCGUCACGCCCACGGUGCUCUCAGCCCGCCCCAUCGCGCCAUGGACACCCACGCCCACCACCAUCAUGGUAGCCACUACCAUCAUGGCGCCCCUAGCGCCCCUGCUCGUAAGUUUAUGGUGGACGAUGCCCUACUAGUGAGGUACCCCCUGGCCACCACUUGGCCAGGGGGCCAAGAGUCGACGGGAUCAGGUGACCUGCCCACCUUCUCGGCCACCCUGGGCCUAGUCUUGGCCACCCACCGCCACCUGGCCCCUCUAGGCUCCUUCACCCUCAGGUGUCUGGCGGAGGUGGAGGGCCACGUCUGGGCCACAGAGGUGAAGGUGGACCUUGAGGUGGACCCUGUACUGGGGCCCCAACACCUGCCCGCCCUCCUCAACACCCACAUUCCCCCUUCCUCAGGUUGUGGGCAGCGAGGCGGGGCAGCCGUGUUGGUGUGGGUGAUGGUCGUGGUGGCGCUCUCUCUGACCAAGUGACACUCAAACCCACGGAAACAAUCACUCAAACGACACUAUAGAAAAGUCUGUCAAAGGACACCAUAGAAAAGGUCUCAUCACCGGAUGCACGUCACACCGUACACAAGACCUAUUCGCUAACUGAUUUUGAAACCUACCUAACUUGACCUAGCUCAACCUAACCGAACCUAACCUAACCCAACCGAGCGAAAUACAGCCUAACCUAAGCUAAUACAUCCUAGCAUAGCAAUAUACACGGUUUUAUCAAACAGAAAACGAGUUUCGACGAAUCAUCUAGUGUUUGAAACGGGGAGCCGGUCGUCCGAGCGGACAGCACGCGGGACUUGUGAUCCUGUGGUCCUGGGUUCGAUCCCAGGCGCCGGCGAGAAACAAUGGGCAGAGUUUCUUUCACCCUAUGCCCCUGUUACCUAGCAGUAAAAUAGGUACCUGGGUGUUAGUCAGCUGUCACGGGCUGCUUCCUGGGGGUGGAGGCCUGGUCGAGGACCGGGCCGCGGGGACACUAAAGCCCCGAAAUCAUCUCAAGAUAACCUCAAGAAGAUCAUCUCUGAGAGGGUUAUAUUCCAGCUACGUGUUCGGUUCCUCUCAAGCAAGUGACCCGGCAGUUAUAUGCCAUUUCUACACAAAUUACAUACAUCCUAAUUUCUUUAUGAGCGAGUUCCUAUAGAUAAUAUAAUUAAUAAUUACCGUUGUAAGGGUCAGCCAGACUUCUUAGGUUUAUCGAAGUCUCUCCUCCAUAGGACAAUUGCUGCCCGUGUCCCAGGAUGCAACCCCACAACAGUUGCCUAAUUCUCGGGUAUCUAUUUAGGUGGACAAAGCGGGUGAAACGAAAUGGGCCAAGACAUAGCUGGGAUCGACCUAGGGGUCCUCGAUUGCUAGGCGAGGACGUGGACCUACGCUACAUGACUUACAAUAAAUGCCAGAUCUCUAACAUCAAUGUACAACGAUAUAUCCCUACAUAUAAUUUCUACAAAAUUUGAGGCAUUAAUUGCAAAGCGUUUUCAAACUAUUUUCAUGAUUAUACAAGACACACAAAUGAAUUAUAAAUUCAAAUACUACACCAUACAAUGGUGAAAAUAAUUUAGACGAGUUUACCUUAAAUUUAAGUGCAUCAGAGAAAAUGAAGAUAUUGGCUAGAGGGGAAACUAAUAUAACCACGGUAAUGCAUAUGGGGCAGUAGCUUCAAGCUUAAGCCAUAACAUAACUCUCACAAGGGGCGACAGAUUCAAGCUUUAUAAGACAUCAACAAUGGGGGCCUCACGGCUGAGUGGAGAGAGCUCGGAGGUCGUAGUUCUAAUGACCCGGGCUCAAUUCCCGACCAGAUGCACCUGUUCACCUAGCAGUAAAUAGGUACCAGGGACUUAGACAGCUGCUACAGGCUGCUACCUGGGGGUGUGUAACAAAAAGGAGGCCUGGUCGAGGACCGGGCCGCGGGGACGCUAAGCCCCGAAAUCAUCUCAAGAUAUGCUAAAUUAUAGCUAAAUAUACUGAAGCCCAACACAGUAUAGCAAAAUACAAGAUUUUGUGGAAGCCCAUCAUAGUAUAUCAUCAUCCUAAAGUAAUCCAAAUAAUACAAAACACUUCAAACUUGUUUAAAACUCUGUGGAUGAGUGGAUGGUGCAAGUUUGCUAAG